UAUACGGAGGAGGGGACUCUCCUCCCAGCAAGGAGAAAAUCCUGCACAACCUCUGCCCUGCAUUAAGAACAGACAGAUCCUCUGCGCGUCCAGGGACCGGCUGAAAAUAAUGGACAAGGAGGAGGAAGAAGAGACAAACCGGGAAGAGACGAGUAUUGCUGCCAGAGGCGGCAAGACCGAGCCCGAUCCAGACGCCACAGGAUGUAUACAGAAGAUACGACAUAUUUCACCGCGAUCAGUCCUCCAGGAGAUGCACAAGAUCAUCAUAUUAGCCGGACCGGCGUUCCUUUCGCAGUUGAUGAUUUUUAUGAUAAGUGUGGUGAGCUCCAUAUUUUGCGGACAUUUGGGAAAGUUGGAGCUGGACGCUGUGUCGCUGGCGAUUGCGGUGUUAAAUAUUACUGGAAUAGCCGUGGGGGCAGGAUUGGCCGGAGCAUGUGACACGUUAAUGUCGCAAACCUAUGGUGGUAAAAACAUGAAGAUGGUCGGUACCAUCCUGCAGAGAGGGAUCCUAAUCCUCUUCCUGUUCUGUUUCCCUUGCUGGGCCCUAUUUGUGAAUACGGAACCGAUUCUUCUCCUCUUCUGGCAAGACCCAGAAGUGUCCAGAUUAACUCAGAUAUACGUCUUCAUAUUCAUUCCAGCCCUACCGGCCUCGUUUUUAUAUCAGCUUCAGGCUAAAUACUUACAGAACCAGGGAAUUAUAUUUCCUCAGGUCUUAACCGGAUUCACGGCAAACCUCUUUAAUGCCUUAAUUAACUACAUCUUCCUGUACAAACUGGGCCUGGGGGUGAUGGGCUCGGCCUGCGCCAACACUUUAUCGCAGUACGUCCAGGCGGUCCUGUUAUUCUUCUACAUCAUAUGGAGGAAGCUUCACGUGGACACCUGGGGAGGGUGGUCCAUGGCCUGCUUCGAAGACUGGGGCCCGUUCAUCCGUCUCGCCAUUCCCAGCAUGCUGAUGCUCUGUAUAGAAUGGUGGGCGUUUGAAGUCGGAAUCAUAUUGUCCGGAGUGCUCAGCAUGGAGGAUCUCGGGGCUCAAACCAUCAUUUACCAGAUGGCUACCAUUGUCUUCAUGGUGCCACUGGGGUACAGCAUUGCAGCCAGCGUCCGAGUAGGUCACGCCCUGGGGGCAGGGGACAUUGUCCAAGCCAAGAAAUCGAUGGUCGUCUCCUUAUUAAUGGCAGAGACCUGUGCCCUGGCAUCUUCCAUCCUGCUCAUCAGCCUGAAGAAUGUGAUUGGCUAUGUUUUCACGUCAGAUGAGGGUAUAGUUCAGCUGGUCAGCUACGUUCUUCCGGUGUAUGCUGGGACUCAUCUCUUUGAUGGAUGUGUGGCCACGUGCGGUGGGGUCCUGCGAGGCACCGGAAAGCAGAAAAUCGGAGCGAUUUUUCACGCUGUUGGUUAUUAUGCCAUUGGUCUUCCUGUGGGAAUCUCCCUGAUGUUUGCAGCCAAAAUGGGAAUAAUAGGGUUCUGGCUGGGGAUCCUCCUCUGCGCUGUGCUGCAGAUCAUCGGUUUCCUAAUCUUCGUCUUUAAGAUUGACUGGGCCAAGGCGUCACAAGAGGCACAGGCGAGGGUCAAGCAGAGGGUCCGGACGACAAGAGACCCACACAACAAGGCGGCCAUUUAUCAGGGGGCGGCCAUGACUGAAGUCACAGAAGAGCCCAGAACUUUGGCCCCGACUGACACAGAAGGUGACAAGAAGCCGGACCCUGUGCAGACUGAAGUCCCCUGUAGCCUUGCAUCUAGGAAGCGGCUGCUCCUGGUCCGAUCUCUGGCUUUUAUUGCCUCGGUCACGGUACUGAUGAUUGGCAUAUUAAUAAGGUUAUGUAUCUGAGCACAGCUCCGGGAACUGAACGCAGCCAUCUAUGAAACGCACCACAAGACAUGGCGUCCAUGAGGCAGCUCCUAUGUAAGACGCCCGGCCUCCUGCCUCGCCGAUGACACAGGCGAGGCCCUAUCUGGACAGAAUCACAGCAGGCAGUAAAGCAGGACUGUGCCAGCCACUCGCCAGGCGGUAUUAUUGUAUGUUACACUUUGAGAGAUUUAUUUUUGGUGAAAAUAAGCCAGGCGCCAAUCCACUGUUUGUAUGAGGAAAGAAUCACAGCGCUGCGCCACGAGGUGGAGACGAGCUACGCCCGGCCUCGUGUCAAUAAACCUUCAGCGCUGGAGGAAGAAAACAUCAGCCCAUCGCCAUUUUCAAGAUCUCUGUUCGCUGUCACUAAAUGGGAAAAAAAAAAUUAUCUUGUUUUCAACAAGGAGCUAAAAACCUAUACAGGCCUAAUCCUUCUCGCAGCAGAGGAUUUGUUACAAGUGUAUCCCAUCUAGAUACAUUUAACCUGCACUGAUACAUUGCAACAAACUAUCAGACAAGGAGAGCGAUUUGUGCUGCGGAAUGGUCUCUGCUGCAUACAACUGGGUGGCAGCAACUGGGAAUGUUCCCAUUCACUGACAGCAAGCAGGUAUAUUGAAAACACUGACGAACUGAAACACAAAACUAUUCGAAGGCAUCAGAAUGUUUUACUAUAUGAUGAUUAUCUGCAACCGGAGGAUCUUCUACUGUUUGGGAACUACAACUCCCACCAUGGCCUGGCAGCCUGUGGCCGCACACGGUCAGACACUAUAUACUAGAUGAAUAAACAGGCACAUAUCUCCCUCUGUGCGUACCAGUCCA